CUUCAAAGCUUGGUAACUGCGUUUGAAAUGGUUAGGAUUGUAGUCAAGAAGGGGGACCAGGUUUUUUUUAUGAUUGACCGCCUAUCAAGCACUCCUGUUGAAGAAUUGAUAACCGAAAUUUGUGAAAUAUACAAUGGUAUCCUUAAAAUUCAUCGGAUAUGCGGAGAAAUGGAAGAGUUAGCAAAACAUGGUGUUACUCUACCACCAAAUAUGCAAGGUCUUACAGAGGAACAAAUUUGCGACUUAAAACUUGAGGACGAAUGGGGAAAGAAGUGUAUUCCUAGUGGUGGUUACGUUGAGUGCAAGGACGAAAUAGGUAGGAGAAAUGGUGUCGCACCGACCGAGAAAAUGGUGGAAGUGUUAAAAAGAACAAUUGAUGAGUCCAAGCAGCUGAUUUCUCGAGAUCUCGUUAAGAAAGAUAUCAGUAUCGAGAAGAGUGUUGUUCGAGAAGCAUUGAUGAUGCUUAUUGGUGCAGUAACCAUCGUUUAUCCUAUGGGUCUCCCUCCAUAUGAUCCUAUUAAAUUGGAGUUUGACAAUGAGGAAGAUUUGAGUGGAACAUAUGCAUCACAAGAAGUAAUCACAGCAGAUAAUGCUAGUUUAUGGUUUUCAGGAAAAGAAAUGCAUCGUGAAAAAAUUCUAUCAGAUUAUGUUGGACGUAAUGAUAAAACUAAAAUUAUUGCUAAAUUAUCAAAACGUGGCACUGGUGCACCAGCACGUGAACCUAUUGUAAAUGAAGAACAACAACGUGCUAUGAUGGCAUAUUAUUAUAAAAGACAAGAAGAAUGGAAAAAACUUGAAGCUGAUGAUGAUGAUUGUUAUUUAAAUUCAGCUUGGGCUGAACCUAAUCAAUUAAAACGACAAUUUCAUGGAUUAACUAAUAUUAAAUGGGGUCCAAAAUAAUGUAUAGAACGUGAAUAUCUAUUCAUUGUUUCAAUAGUUUUUCACUGAAUGACCGUUUGUUUAGAUGUAAAUACUUCAUUUAUAAAUUUAUUUCACACUUAUUAGUUCAGAAUUGUACCUUGUGGAUAUUUAUCACUGAACUGAAUGUUUUUGUUGUACUUAUUUACGGGGGUCAUAUAAUUAAAUUUUAAAUGAUCAUCUUCAGAGAUUGUUUGGGUCAUAAUAGGAUUCAAUCUAAGUAUAUUAUUUUUUAUUAUUAUAAGCUUUAUUCAAUAUUAUAUUUUCGGUACAAUAUAGAAUUCUCAGCAC